AUGAGUGGGCGUCAACGCCGUCUUAUACCAGGUCCCUCACCUUUAGAGGAUGACCAACACGAAAACUACCAUGAACAUGAUCUUGAAAAUGGUAGUCCACCCGCUGAGGAAGGGAAGGGCUCUGGUACGUGGAAGAAGAGGGUUUCGACUGCUUGUUUGGCUUGUAAGAAGUCGAAGAGGAAGUGCUCCGGCACAUCCCCCUGCGCAAACUGCCAAACCUUCAAAAGAGUCUGUAUCUUCGACGAAUCCCUCGACCAACGCCGCCGCGUCGCCGCAAAAAGAACUGCAGACGAACUCUCCUACCACCGCGACCUCCUCUCAGACCUCUUCAAGCUCGUCCGUGAAGCAAACGAGUCAGACGCUCUGCACCUACUCACGAUAAUCCGACACAAUGCCCCCGCUGACGAAAUCCGCGCAUACAUAAAUGAAACACUCGCUUCCCUCACAUCCACACCGACAUCGACAACGCAUAAACAGGAAACUGUCGCGAAGCUAGAGGAUAUGCGCCAGCUCAUCAAUGUCGAGGGCACGGGUCCGACUUUCAGAAGAAAGGUUAUGGAUAUACAUUACCUUUGUGAUUCGGCGCCCUGUGAGGUUCCUGCGAAGCCGUGGACGAGGGUUACCGCUGAUGCGGAUCUGGUGUCGCAUCUUGUUUCGUUGUAUUUUGCGUGGGAUUGGCCGUUUACGGCGGUUUUGGAUAAGGAGGUUUUUGUUAGGCAUAUGGCUAGGGGGAAUCUUGGGUCGGAGUUUUGUAGCCCGUUUUUGGUUAAUGCGGUGCUCAGUAAUGCUUGUUACUUCUCUGAGUUCUCCGAGGCUUAUGUUGUUCCUGGUGAUAUCUCUUCGAAAGGGUGUGAUUUCCUUGCUGAAGCGGAGAGGUUAAGGGGUGAGGAAAGCUCGCAGCCUAGUUUGGCGGGUUUGCAGGGGACGUUGUUGAUGUAUGAGAGAUAUGCAAUGUCCCGCGAAAACGAUCUGGGAUAUAUCAUGCUACACCACGCCAUUCGAAUGGGUGAGGCGUUGGGUUUGGUCGGCAGCACAGGACCCAGAAUGGCGUCGGGAGAGUUAUCCCAGGACAUGGAUAUCUCAUGCAAGCGCACAGCUUGGGGUCUAUUCAAUGUCGACACAAUGGUCCAUACAUCCUUCCUCCGGCCAAGUCUCAUAGACCACGUCAACAUGGCCCGUCUUGAUAUCAACCAGUUCGAAGACCAAGCCCUCUGGCAGCCAUACCCAACCCACCGAGACCCACUCCCGUCAUUCUUCAGCCGGUACUUCGACGAAGCAUGCAAUCUGUCAACGAUCGCGCGCGAUAUCUCGCGCAGCAUGUUCGCAGACCACAGGAGUAACACUGCCCUUGGCCCCAUCUACCGCCAGAGCCGCGAGGAUCUAUACGACCGUAUACGUCGCUGGCACGAGCUUCUCCCGGAGGACUUUGAUGUGCGGUACAGACCAGCUCCGCAUAUCAUUUUACUGAAAAUGCGCUACAACGCCCUCAUCAUAAACCUCUUCAGCUGCAUCUCCGAAGACGAAGUCCCACCCAUCCCCUUCGAGCCCAAAACACCCGAAAGCCCACCGCGCCACACCCCCGAAACAAAAUACAACGCGCAGGAAGUAACGCAGAGCGCGGCGCACGGCAUCGCAUCCCUAACACGUCUACACAGACGCGAGUUCGGUGUUAGUCGCGCGCAUCAGUUCGCGAUGUAUGCGAUCAACCUUGCGCUGUUUACGAUGCUCGAGCACGACUCGUUCGAUGUGUUAGAUGAGGAUUUCCUCACUCUUGCGAGUGCGUUCUGUGUUGUUGCGAGUCGAUCUACGCUGGGACGGAAUCUGUUUCAUAUUUUCCGGCAGUCGGUGAGGGCCAAGGCGCAGGGGUAUCGGAUUCGGGGGGCGAGUGCUGUGCCUGAUGAAUUGAAGGAUUUGGUUGAUGAGGGGUGUAGUCGGUUUGACGAGUAUGCUGAUGGACUUGAGAAGCUGAAUCGGAAGGAUAAGUAUCAUGGGAUUGGGGAGGGGGAUGGGAAGGGUUUGCAGGAUUAUCCUGGACUUGGACUUUCGGAUAUGUUGGAUCGGUAUGAGAGUCUUAGUCUUGGGAAGGAUGAUGUUUUGGUGGAGAGGUAUCGACCUGCUGGAUGUUGA